AUGUUCAGCCGGUUAUUGGGAUCUCGUCUGUGGUCUCAAACAAGCCAGCGAGCAGUUUCUUCGAAAUAUCAACGACCCAAGCCCAGGUCUUACAGGAGACGAUGGUUUGAAGCGGCUGUACAACCGGUGUUGCCGCGAGAAGUCAAAGUGUGCACUCCUCCCGGCUUGCUUCAUCAAGAAAAUGUUCAAAAAGGCAAGGGAUAUGAUGAUUUCGAAUUGGCUCUCGCUAAGCACGUGAAAGGCUGGAUGCAGAAGGAACAAUUCCGAGUAUUAGCCGUUUGCCAAUUACUCCCAGUGCAAGGACGAACGCUAUGGUUUACGAAAAAUCAAUGGAGACUAAAAGGAGUCGAAUACAAGAAUUACGGAGGUAAAAUCAUGAGGAAAGUAUUCGAAGGAACACCAAUGGAUUCAACGGAUGUUUUGUUCACCGGCUACACAGCGUGUCUUUUUGGAAGAGACUUUGCUACGCUCAAAACGAUAAUGAGUGAAACGAAUAAAGUCAAUUGGAACAUGAAUGCUAGAAGAGCGAUUAACUGGCCAAGUCAAUUGUACUGGAGUUGCAUACCGGGAUUUGCAACUGGUUAUUUGUUAGUACAUGGAAUUCGAAAUGAGCGUCUUCCCUUCACAAAUUUCUACAUUCAUCGACAUUCAGAGCCUUCCGAAUAUUUGCGAAAUUUAGUGGAUUCUGAAUUGUUCAAAACGAAAGAAUUGCAAAAUAAAAAGAUGCGAAUUUUUCUGACGGAUGACAUGGAGCCGCGAGUUUAUGGUGGAUUCUUCUUUAACGAAGGCCCUGAACUACAAUUCCCCUUACGAUUUUCUUUUUCUGAUGUUGAACAUAUGAGGAGACAAGGAGCUCAUCUCGAAGUAGAUUUGGGUUAUGCGAAAGACAGAAGGAAAUUGGAAGUGAACAGUGACAUUUGUCAAGAAUUAUUCGCCCGUGUGAUCCUUAGCGAAUCCGCAAUGCGCUUUAUUAUUCAACGUCAACUACAAAUUGCAAAUAAUGGCACAAUGUUAUUUACACCAAUCAUUGCUCAGGCGGCCAUAUUUUCAAUUGGCUCCAUAUUUCUAAAGUUGUUAACACCUGUUUUCGGCGGGCCUUUUGCUUGCGCGGCGGCUAUUGGAAUUUCGUCGUCCAUUUUUAUUGCGGUUAAACCAACGAUAAAUGCUUACUUGGUGAAAAAGGCUGAUCGACUUGUGCUAGAGCAGGAUCCUGAAUACAUGAUUGGCGCUCGAGAUUAUUUUGAAAACGUCUUACGACUAAACCGUUUGCUACGAAAAGUAAUGGGAACAGACGGGGAGGAUUGCAUUCAAAAGAAUGGGGAGUCGAAACUUGAUGCCGUAUCAAUUCGAUCAAGGAUGAAAAACAUGGAGGGCUUUUUGAAGACAUUG